AUGGCGUCGGAGUUAACUCCGAACGCGCUUGAGAUUCUAAACUCUGGUGCGACGGAUGGCAACUUCAUCCUGCAAGUGUUCGACUCGCGACAGGUCGGGAGCGCAUCCGUGCCGCCCGCGCAGGAGCGAUACCGGCUGAUGCUGUCGGACGGGCGGUGGCACCAGUGGGCCAUGAUCGCGUCGCAGAUGAACGAGCUCAUGCGCACCUCCGUUAAAAAGGGCUCCAUAAUAAAUCUCACGGAGUGCGUCACCAACACUGUUCACGGGAAAAAGAUCGUAAUCAUUUUAAAGAUGGAGGUGGUCAAGACCGACGCUCCCAUCAUCGGCGAUCCACAGCCCUUCCCCGCCGACGGCCAGGCCCCGCCUCCGCGCCAGCAGCCGUCGUCAACCCCCGCCAGCACAAUCACCAACAACUCCGCCGCCCCACCCCCGCAGCACCAGCCGCCGCCGCAGCAGCCGUCCAACACUCCCUCUAUGGCGCAGCACGGCCCGCCGGGCGUUACUCAUCCGCCCAAUGCACCCCAGUCAGUCCCGCCCAACCCGUACGCCGCUGGUGGCUUCGGUCAGCAGCAGCAGCAACAACAGCAGCAGCAGAAACAGUCGCAGUAUUCCGGGGGAAGUGGGCCUCCUGGCGGAGGUUCCGCCGCUAGUCACGGAGGAGGGUUCGCUGGCGGCCCAGGCGCAGGCGGCGGCGGGGGAUACGGGGGAGGGGGCGGAGCAGCUCCGCCGCCGUCUUACUCCGCGCGCGGGCCCGUGGCGCGGAACGAGGCGCACGCGCGGGUGGUGCCGAUUGACUCGCUGAACCCGUACCUGGGCAAGUGGACGAUCAAGGCGCGCGUGACGUCCAAGGGCGACAUCCGGCGGUACAACAACGCGCGCGGCGAGGGCAAGGUCUUCAGCUUCGACCUGCUCGACGCCGAGGGCGGCGAGAUCCGCGUCACGUGCUUCAACCGCGAGGUCGACAGCUUCUUCGACAAGAUCCAGAAGGGGCAGGUGUACCUGCUGUCCAAGGGCAGUCUGAAGCCGGCGCAGCGCAUGUACAACCACCUGCGCAGCGACUGGGAGAUCAUGCUGGACGCGUCCUCCGCGCUCGACCUCUGCCCCGACGACGGCGCCAUCGGCGCCAUCCAGUACGACUUCCGCACCAUCGCUGACGUGGCGGGCAUGGAGAACAACAGCGUGGCGGACGUGCUGGGCGUGGUGGUGUCGGUGGGCGCGAGCGCGAGCAUCAUGCGGCGCAACGGCACCGAGACCAUGAAGCGCACCUGCAUGAUCCGCGACCAGUCCGGGCGGCAGACGGAGCUCACCAUGUGGGGCGGCUUCUGCAGCGCCGAGGGGCAGCAGCUGCAGGGGAUGGGUUCAUUCGCUGCAGGUGACGUGAGCAUUGCGAGAGGAGUGAUAACGAGCCCGUUGCCAUCCAGAAAUGAACUAUACCCCCUCCCCCCCUUUCCCCCCCUUGCUGCUACCCGUCACCAGGAGCUGGUGGAAGCAGGGCAGCACCCGGUGCUGGCGAUCAAGGCGGGGCGGGUGAGCGACUUCAGCGGCAAGUCGCUGGGCACCAUAUCGUCCACGCAGCUCGCCAUCAACCCCGACAUCCCCCAGGCCAAGGAGCUCGCCGCCUGGUACACCGCUGGGGGGGGCGCGUCCAUGCCCGUGCAGGUCAUCUCCUCCGAGUUUGGCGGGGCGGGCGGGGGCGGGACAGGCAGGGAGCCGCGCAAGAUGAUAGCGGCGAUCAAGGACGAGGGGCUGGGGCUGGGCGGCAAGGUGGACUGGAUCUCCGUGCGCGGCACCGUGUCGUACUUCCGUGCCGAUAACUGCUACUACCCCGCGUGCCCGCUCACGACGGCCGAGGGGCGGCAGUGCCAGAAGAAGGUGGUGCAGGACAGCAAUGGCGACGGGUGGUACUGUGAGAAGUGCGGCCGCGCCACACCCACGUGUGACUUCCGGUACAUUCUCAGCUUCCAGUUGCAGGACCACACCGGCAUGACCUGGCUCUCCGCCUUCCAGGAAGUCUCCGAGGAGAUGCUGAAGACGCCUGCAUCGGAGAUCAACAGGUGGCGCGAGGAGAACGACCUGCGGGCGGGGGAGGUGUUUGCCAACGCGCAGUGGAGCCAGUGGGUGCUGAAGCUCAAGGUGCGAGAGGAGACGUGGCAGGACGAGGCCAAGGUGAAGUGCACCGUGGUCAAGGCGGAGCCCGUCAACUAUGCGGCUGAGAGCCGCGUGCUGCUGGAUUACAUUGGCCGGCUGCAGCGGGGAGAGCCACUCACUGCGCCUGUUCUGGCUUCCCCUGGGCUGUCUGCUGGUGUUGGGAGCAUGCAGGUGGGCCGUGGGGGUGGUGCAGCGAUGGGGAUUCCCGAUGACCAAGCCGCCGGAUCUAGCCCGCCUCCAUCAUCUGGAGCUGAGCGAUCAUCGCACGGCGGUCAGAGCAGGCUGAUCAUCACGGAGAUGGUCCUCGAGAACUUCAAGUCGUACGCUGGGGUGCAGCGCGUAGGUCCGUUCCACAAGUGCUUCUCGUCGGUCGUCGGCCCCAAUGGCAGCGGCAAGAGCAACGUGAUUGACGCCAUGCUCUUCGUCUUCGGGAAACGCGCGAAGCAGCUGCGACUGAACAAGGUGUCGGAGCUGAUUCACAACUCCACAGACCAUCAGAAUCUUGAGUCGGCCCGCGUAUCCGUGCACUUCAAGGAGAUAGUUGAUUUGGAUGACGAAAAGUACGAGUCAGUGCCAGGUUCGGAGUUCGUUAUAUCGCGUACGGCGUACCGCAACAACACGUCCAAGUACCACGUGGACGACCACGCGAGCACGUUCACGGAGGUGACGAGGCUGCUCAAGGCCAAGGGCGUCGACCUCGACAACAACCGCUUCCUCAUCCUGCAGGGCGAGGUGGAGCAGAUCGCGAUGAUGAAGCCCAAGGCGCAGGGCCCGCACGACGAGGGGCUGCUGGAGUACCUGGAGGACAUCAUCGGCUCCAACCAGUACAUCGAACAGAUCGACAAGGGCGCCAAACAGCUGGAGGAGCUGAACGAGCGGCGGGUGGGGCUGGUGGAGCGAGUGAAGCACGCGGAGAAGGACAAGGACACGCUCGAGGAGGCGAAGCGGGCGGCGGAGGCGUACAUGGUGAAGGAGGCGCAGUGCGCGCAGUGGGCCAUGGUGGGGCGCGCGAUGGGGCUGCGGGAGUCGCAGGGCAAGGCGGGCGCGCUGGGCGCCAAGGUGGCGGAGCUGGAGGGCACGCUGGCCGCUGAGAAGGAGAAGUGCUCCGGGCUGCGGGAGGAGCUGCAGGUGAAGACAGACGCGUGCGACAAGUGCAACACGGAGUAUGAGGCGCUGUGCGGCGAGCUGGAGGCGGCGAGGGCGGACUUCAAGGAGUACGAGCGCAAGGACGUGAAGAUGCGCGAAGACCUCAAACACUGCAAGGCGCGCCUCAAGAAGCUCGCCGAUAAGAUCGCCAAGGACACGGCCAAGGCGGAGGAGGUGGAGAAGGCAGCGGCGGAGGCGGAAACGGCCAUCCCCGAGUUGGAGAAGAAGGCAGCCGCGCUGGCGCCUCGGCUGGUGGAGGCGGAGAAGAAGCUGGAGAGCAUCCAGGAGCAGGUCCGAGUGGAGGUGGAGCGGCAGCAGCAGCAGCUGGGCCCGCUGCAGGAGCAGCUGGCGCCGUGGGAGGAGAAGGCGAGCGCCGCCAAGGCCAAGGCGGACGUGACGCGCACGAAGCUGAGCCUCAUCCGCGACAAGCACGCCGCCGCUGAGAAGCAGCUGGAGGCGGUGCGCAAGGCCAUAGAGGAGCGCGAGGAGGGGCGGAAGCAGAAGCAGGAGCAGCUGAAGCGCAUGGAGGCGGCCGUGAGGGAGAGCGAGGCGGUGGUGGCCGCUAGCGCCAAGGAGGAGGAGACCAAGGCGGAGGAGGAGGCAGCUGCGCGCGCAGAGGCGGAGGCUGCACAGGGGCGCGCGGCGGAGAUGAGGGAGGCGGCAGCGGCGCAGCGCAGCAGCAGCGCCAUCCUGACGGCGCUGAUGCAGGCGAAGCGGGACGGCAGCAUCCCCGGCAUCUACGGCCGCCUGGGCGACCUGGGCGCCAUUGACGGCAAGUACGACGUGGCGAUAUCAACGGCGUGCGGUGCACUGGAGUACAUAGUGGUGGACAACAUCGAGACCGCACAGGCCUGCACGGCGCUGCUCAGGGAGCAGCAGCUGGGCGUGCAGACCUUCCUCGCCCUGGUACACCCCCCUGCGCCUUGUUGGUUCCUUGCUCGUUGCCUUCCCGUCCUAUGUGCUGUGCAAUUCCCGCAGUUUCUGAGCUCUCUCUUUCAAAUUACCGCCACUGCAACAUUUCUGCUCGCCCUCCAUCCCGCUUCCACACAGUCGUUUCUCACUCAUUUUCCCUCCGCCACUCCUCUCUUUAACCCCCCCAACCCCCUCUCCGCUCCCACCAUGCGUCAGGACAAGCAGCAGCACCUGGUGCGGGACAUGUCUGAGAAGGUCAACACGCCGGAGGGAGUGCCACGGCUGUUCGACCUGGUGCAGGUGCAGGACGCGCGCCUGCUGCCCGCCUUCUGGUUCGCCCUGCGCAACACGCUCGUCGCCUCCUCCCUCGACCAGGCCUCGCGCAUCGCGUACGGCGCGGACGCGCGGUUCAGGCGGGUGGUGACGGUGGCGGGCGAGAUGUUCGAGUCCAGCGGCACCAUGGCGGGCGGCGGGGGGCGGCCCCGCGGCGGCCGCAUGGGCAGCUCGCUGAAGGCGGCGGCGGCGGCGGCAGGCGGGGGGGUGACGCGGGAGAUGGUGGAGGAGGCGGAGAGGGAGGUGGCGCACGCGGUGGCGCAGCUGGAGCGAGUGAGGGAGGAGAGGCGCGCGGCUGUGGCGAGAAGAGAGGAGGCGGAGAGGGUGUUGAAGCGGCUGGGAAUGGACAUUCCCAAGGUCCAGAUGGAGAUUGAGUCGCUGGCAGCGCAGGUGGGCGAGCUUAGGCAGCGCGUGCAGGGGCUGCAGGCAGCGGCCGUGGCGAGUGCGGAGGAGGAGAGGCAGAUGGGCGCGCUGCAGCAGCAGCUGGCGGACGAGGAGGGCGAGGAGGCGCGCAUUGGGGAGGAGAUGGCGCCGCUGGUGGCGGCGGUGGCGCGCGUGCAGCAGGCCAUCGCUGAUGCCGGCAGGGAGGCGCUGGGCCAACAGAAGGACCACGUGGCCGCCAUCCAAAAGGCCAUUGACGAGGCGCAGACGGGCAUCAACCAGAGCCGAGUGACAGUGGCCUCAAGUGGCCGCAACCUGGAGAAGCUGAGGAAGGCGGUGGGGGAGGCGGAGGAGGAGAAGGCGAGGGCGGAGGAGGAGAUGACACGGAAGAAGGAGGAGAUGAACGCCGUCAUGCAGGAGGCCUUCGCUGUCAACGACAACUACGAACGCCUCCGCCAGUUGGUGGAGGGCAAGAAGGAGGAGUAUGGCGGCAUGAAGAAGGAGUUCCUGGCCAUCAAGGCACAGCUCGACAAGAUGCGCACCGGGGAGGUGGACGUGGAAUUGAAGCUGGAAGAUGCGAGGAAGGCGCUGAGGACGAGUCAGGAGACUGCUCGCCUGCAGAGGGAGAAGCUGAGGUCGCUGGGAGCGCAGCUCAGGCAGCACAUCGCUCAGAUGCAAGCGGAGGGCAUUGCAGAGGAGGACGUGGAGGCUGCAGGGCUGCCAUGGGACCUUCAGGAAGAGGAUGGGGAGAGACAGGGCAGGGCACGACCAGCAGCAGCAGGCGCAGCAGAAAGAGGAGGAGGGGAGGAUGAGGAGAUGGAGGAGGAUGAAGAUGCAGAGCAGAGGGAGGGAGGUGCGGGUGAGACAGGGACGGAAGAUGAGGGAGACGGUGAGGUGGAGAGGCUUCUGGGUCGCCUGUGUGGUAACCUUGUCCGUGCGGUUACCAGUCGGGAGGAGGCGGCAGCAGGGGAGCAGCGGCUGCGAGCAGAGUUGGAGGCACUCAAGGGGAACGUCAACCUGAGCUCCAUGGCCGAGUACCGCAAGAAGGAGGCGGUGUACGCGCAGAGGCUGGGCGAGCUGGAGGCAGUGACAGCGGAGCGUGACAGCGUGCGCGUGGCGCAGGAGGAGGUGAAGCGGCGGCGGCUGGAGGAGUUCAUGGCGGGGUUUGACGCCAUCACAAUGCGGCUCAAGGAGAUGUACCAGAUGAUAACACUGGGCGGCGACGCUGAGCUGGAGCUGGUGGACUCACUCGACCCGUUCAGCGAGGGCAUUGUGUUCUCCGUGCGCCCGCCCAAGAAGAGCUGGAAGAACAUCUGCAACCUCUCGGGCGGGGAGAAGACCCUGAGCUCGCUGGCGCUGGUGUUCGCCCUGCACCACUACAAGCCCACGCCCCUCUACGUCAUGGAUGAGAUCGACGCCGCUCUUGACUUCAAGAACGUGUCUAUAGUGGCGCAUUACAUCAAGGAGCGCACUAAGAACGCCCAGUUUGUCAUCAUCAGCUUGCGCAACAACAUGUUUGAGCUGGCAGACCAUCUUGUUGGGAUAUACAAGACACACAACUGCACCAAGAGCAUCACCAUCAACCCACGUAGCUUUGCAGUCGCGGCUGCUCCUACAGCGGCAGCUGCUCCAACUGCUGCGACCUAA